AUGUCGAUUCUUAACCAAAAUAAUAAUAUAAUAACUUUGGACGUGGAAGGUGUAUUUUUUAAAACCAGAAUUAAAACCUUGAAAUCGAUUGAAGGCACUUGGUUUAGUCAUUUUUUCGAGAGACAGGAUUGGGAGAAAGAUUUGGAUCGGGUAGGUUUUUAGGGGGAUUUGGGAGAAUUUUUAGAGAAUUCAUGUUUUCUAGACAUUCUCAAAAAUUGCAAAAAUCAACUUCUAAAAUUAGUUAUGACGUGGCAAAUUUUGAAAAAUCGGGACUUUACGAAGCUUUGACUAAAUUCAGAAUUGAUUUUCAUGAGAAUCUGAUGAACGCUGUGCUUUCAGAUUUUCACAAAAUUUAAUUCUCAGAGUUUCGUAAAGUCCCGAUUUUUCAAACUUUGCCACGUCAUAACUCAUGUUAUGAGUUGUUUCUACAAUUUUUGAAAGCGGAAUCGUGAUCAGCAGGCAGAAAACUACACUUUUUUCAAAAUGGGAAAUUAAUAUUUAUGAACUAAGACGUCAGCGUGACCUCAUUUUUCUAUUUAUUUUGAAAACAUUUGAGAAACCAGCUCAUUUCUAGUUUUUAUACAGGAUGGCCGACUUUUUAUUGAUCGUGAUUCGACAGUUUUCCCAGUUAUUUUGAACUUCCUUCGGGAUCAUGAACAAUGCCCACUUCCAGUUGAUAAUUAUCAUUUGGAACGGAUUCUGAGAGAAGCUGUGUAAGUUUGAUUUCAUUUUUUUUAGAUAGCUGAAAUUUUAGCUUAAUGAAUUUCUAGGAUUUUCAACAUUGGACCACUUCGAAAUAUUGUUGAAUCGAAAUUGAAGUGUAAUUGUAACACUCCGGUGAAAACACCAGUGAAACAAAAACCACCGAUGACAAAACGUGAGAUGGAAUAUCUAUGUUUUCUAGUAGUUUUCGACCUGCUGAUCACGAUUCUGCAGAAUUCAACUUCCUGAUGAGUUAUGACGUGGCAAAAUUCGAAAAUUUUGAAAAUCGGGAAACUAGCUUGAUUUUUAUGCAAAUCGAUGCGAGAAAGUCCCGAUUCUUAAAAAUUUUAGAAUUUCGCCACGUCAUAACUCAUCAGGAAGUUGAGUUCUGCGAUUUUUGACGACCGGGUCGUAUUCAGCGGGUCGAAAACUACUAGAAACCCUAUUUUAACCAUCACUUCCUUAGCAAAAAGUGAAUUUUUCUAGCUCCUCCACCACCGCCACCUUUUAUUCAGCCACCACCACCACCUUCCAACAAUUCUUCCCAGCCACAGGUUCUUGUUCCGAUGAGAACUUCAAAAAAGACAAAAGCAACUGCUGAAAAUAUCGGCCUACCGCAAGAUUUCAAACAUUUGGCUCACGUUGGAUGGAAUGGUGCAUCAGUAAUUUUGAAUAAAAGUGAUGAAACUGUCAAGAAAAUUUGCGAUGCUGCUAGUGAAGCUGUGGAUUUAAAUGUGAGAAUUUUUCAAAAACUAACAAAACCUCCUCAAUUUUAGGCCGUUUACAAUGUUGUCAAUAAAAAUGGUCCGGAAGAUGAUAGCGAAAGUGUGGAAGUUUUGAUAACUGGUGGUUUAAUGCGAUCGAAAAAUGCAUAA